UCUCGCGGAAGUUUCGUGAGUCGUCAGUCCUGUGCACACAGUGAAGGUGUGACGUCCAGCAUGAGGCUGCUGCCAGCGGUGGUCGCGGUGUUUCUGGCGGUGGGGGUCGCCUACUACGUGUACGUCCCGAUGCCUGAUGGCAUCAAGGAGCCGUGGAAGUUGAUGUUGGCGGACGCAGGAUUUAGGACAAUCAUGCAAGUGACCUCUUUGAAGAACCGUCUGGGCCUGGACUACUACAUCAACCCUCUCCUACCGUACGCCGAGGGCUUUGUGGGCAUGGUGUCCAGGCUGCUCAGUUCUGAGUCGGGCGGAGGCGCCGUGCCAGGAGUCAAAGUCAGCGACGUCACUUUUGCCGGCAUCCCCGUCCGCGUUUACGAGCCCCCGGCUGGAGGGGAGGGCCAUCUGAGGAGAGGGGUGAUGUACUUCCACGGAGGGGGCUGGGCCUUUGGCAGCGCUAAGAUGUAUGAUCGGAUCACCCGCAUGAUUUCUGAUGAGCUCAAUGCUGUGGUUGUCUCCGUUGAUUACCGUCUGUAUCCAGAGGUGCUUUUCCCGGUGCCGUAUCUAGAAUGCCUCGCCGCUGCCAAACACUUCUUGACCCGAGAGGUUCUGGCCAAGUACGCCAUCGACCCGGAGCGCGUGGCCGUGUCGGGAGACAGUGCCGGCGGAAACCUGGCGGCUGCUGUGGCUCAGGAGAUUUCCACAGACGACGACGCGAGUGUGAAGUUCAGCGUCCAGGCUUUGAUCUACCCGGUGCUCCAGGCUCUGGACUUCAACACGCCUUCGUACUUACAGAACAAGGACGUACCGGUCCUCUACCGGCCUCUCAUGGUUCAGUUUUGGCUCCAGUACCUCGGCAUUGACCUCUCUCUGAUGCCCCAGUUUCUGGCCAACAACCACAGCUCUUUGGAGCAGUCGCUCAUCACCCCAGAGCUGAGGUCCAGAGUGGACUGGACCUCCCUCCUCCCCCCAAAGCACAGGAAGAACUAUGAGCCUCUGGUUGUGGGAAAGGGUUUGCGGGGGCUGGUGAAGGAGAGGCCGGGUCUGCUGGACGUGCGGGCGGCGCCGCUGCUGGCGGGACCGGAGGUUCUGGCGAAGUGCCCUCGUGCGUACGUCAUCACGUGCGAGUACGACGUGUUGAAGGACGAUGGGCUGAUGUACGCGCGGCGCCUGCAGGACGCGGGGGUCGCGGUCACCAACGACCACUAUGAGGACGGCUUUCACGGGUGUUUCGGCCUCAUCAAGUGGCCCAAUGACUUUGAUGUAGGGAGGAGGGCGGUCCGAGGCUACUUCAACUGGCUGCACAACAACCUGUAAGAGUGAAUUAGAACGUGUGUGUGUAUGUGUCUCAAUACAAUUACAAAUGCACUGUAUGUUGCUAUUUGAACUCUAGACCUCUAGAUCUGAGCUCAGGGCCCUCAUGUACCUGCACAUACAGUGGGGGGAGGGAGGGUUACUUAGCCAUUGAUUUGAUGAAUGAUUUUCAUCAUAGAUUCAUUUCAACUGUGAGAAAAAAAUCCAGGAAAUCACAUUGUAGGAUUCUUAAAGAGUUCAUUUAUAGAUUCCUGCAUAAAAUACGUAUUUGGUCAAUAACAAAAGUUCAACUCAUUACUUUGUACUUUAAUCUGUGUUCACAAUGACAGCGGUCAAAUGACACACAGAUCAGUCGUCCUGUCCCCUUUGCAGAAAAACAGCUCCAAAGCAUGAUGUCCCCCACAU